UACUUUCACAACGAAAACAUGUUUAUUAAACGUCAAAGCCAGUUGGUGUUGCUGCUGCUGUUGUUGGCCCUAAGUGCAGCAAACAGCGCACAGCAGCAGUGUAUGGCAGAUAGGGGAUAUUGUCAAACGCAUAGGGAAUGUUGUUCUGGCAAAUGCAUGACUUACAGCUAUAUGUGUGCCCCAAAAGUCUCGUCACUGCCUGCAGUGAUUGACUUCAAAACAUUAUAUGAAGAAGCUACGGUGGACUCACCUAACAGUCUAAAUGACAAUCAUUUAUAUAAUAUAAUCAAACAAGCUGCUUGCGCCGAACCAUGCAGAGCCACUGGCGAGGAGUGCCAAAUAAACAUGAAUUGUUGUUCACGACGCUGCCAUUCAUAUCUGCACAAGUGCGUCACAUAAUCGAGCUGUUGUUUAUUUCUUAAAAAAUAAUAGCAUCGAGUAAUUACUGGGCGCGUCAGUAAUUGUAUUGGAGCUUUGCAUCAUGGCUUUCCCCAAGGGCUUACUCAUGACUGCUAUAUGCGGGAAUAAUUAACAUACCAUUAACCAUGUAAUUGGCACAUUUUAUUUAUUAUUAUCAGCUAUUUAAGGCUAUGCACUUUCGCUUAUAAAUAAAUAGCAAACAUUUGCAAUGCA